GCGCGCGGCGGGGCUGGCGUUGGCGCCGGAGGGCGGCGCUGAGCGGUGGCGGGCGGCUGCGCUGUGACCUCUCCCGAGAGCCGAUGAAGUGGGCCCGUGGAAGCUGGCCGGAGGGACUGCAGCUGCGAGGCCAGGGCGACCCCGGGACCCCGGCAGCUGCCACCGGUGGGAGAGACGCCCCCGGGCUCGAGCGAGAUGGCGUUUAAUGAUUGUUUUAGUUUGAGCUAUCCUGGUAAGCCCCAGCCAGGGGACUUGAUUGAAGUAUUUCGUUCUGGCUAUCAGCACUGGGCGCUGUACUUGGGUGAUGGUUAUGUUAUCAACGUAGCACCUCUAGAGGAUGGCAUUUCUGCAUCAUUUACAAGCGCCAAGUCUGUAUUCAGCAGGAAGGCCCUGGUGAAGAUGCAGCUGCUGAGGGAUGUUGUGGGAAAUGACACAUACAGAAUAAACAAUAAAUAUGAUGGGACCUACUCCCCUCUCCCUGUGGAAGAAGUCAUGCAACGGUCAGAGACAGUUAUUGGACAGGAGGUGGAAUAUGACAUACUUGUCAACAACUGUGAGCAUUUUGUGACUUUGCUUCGUUAUGGAGAAGGAGUUUCAGAGCAGGCCAACCAAGCAAUAAGUACCAUUGGGUUUGUGGCAGCUGCUGCUGGUGCCUUUUCACUCCUGGGCUUGUUUCCAAAAAGACAAAGAGCAAAAUACUAUUAAUGAUUUACUGAAGAGAUAUUGGAACUGAAGGAAUUUGUGAGGAGGGGAAAAAAAAACUGGGAUGAAUACUUAUUUUCAAUGCAUCAUUAUUGUUCCAAAUUCCAGUGAUGGAUGGCAGGCUCUUUAAUAAAUUGCUUACUGAUAUUAUCUCGUCA